AUGGCAGAAGAAAGUGUAUUUCGGAAUCUCCUAGAAGUCCUGGUGAGCGCCUCAAGUGAAAUUGAGCGGGCCUACAAGGACUCCUGUGAACUGGUAGAUCUAGACACCUGCUUGCUGCUCAUAGCGGAGUGUUUCAGAUGUCUGAGGAAUGCCUGUGUUGAGUGUGCCAGGAAUCAACAUAUCAUGAGGAACUUGGGUCUCAUCUCUACAUCUGUCCAUUUGAUCAAAUUGCUUCAUGGAAUACAAAUCCAAGAAGAAUUGUUAUUGUCUGCUCUUCGUUGUAGCCUCCAGUUUCUCGGAAACAUUGCAGCAGGAAAUGUAGAGUCCCAGAAUAGCAUUUGGAAAUGUGCAUUCCCAGAUCUCUUCUUGACGUGCCUAACAUACAGUGAUGAGAAAAUUGUUGCCUAUUGUUGUAUGGUCCUGUUUACUUGCCUUAAUUCAGAGAAAGUGAGAGAACUGCUGGAUCCUGGAAACUUGACUGUGGCUCUCCAUGUCCUGAAAGUCUACAAAGAGCAGUUGGAGUCUGAGUGGUCGUUCUUGAUUGUUACAGACCAUUUGCUGAAAUGUCCAGAGUUGGUAAAAACCCUCUAUGCCAAACUGAGCAAUCAAGAAAGAGUUACUUUGUUAGAGCUGAUGCUGGCGAAAGUAAGUGAGGAUAACCCAGUUACCGGAGAAGAAAUGAAUGUGUUCAUAAGACAUGCUGAAUUCCUUGCAGGCUGUUUCCAAGAGAAGUGUGAAGCUGUGCUCAAGUUAACUUCUGCAGCAGGUGCAGAUGAGGAAGCACUGGUUACAAUUCGUCUUCUUGAUGUUCUUUGUGAAAUGACAUCAAACAGCAAACAGCUGGAACAUCUACAGGUUUUGCCUGGUUUGCUUGAUACAGCCAUAGAUACCCUGAGAUUAACUCAUCAUGCUGGACAACAGGCUGUAAAUAUUUUCACUGCCACACGUGCUAUGACGGGGGAGGAAGAAAUUUCACAUCCAGCUGUGAAUUUUAAAUCUCAUCUCAUUCGUUUGAUUGGAAAUUUGUGUUACAAAAAUAAAGAAAACCAAAACAAGGUUCAUGACUUAGAUGGCAUCUUCUUGAUCCUGGACAACUGCAGAAUUGAUGACAACAAUCCUUUUGUGAACCAGUGGGCAGUAUUUGCUAUCCGAAAUCUCACUGAAGAGAAUGAGAGAAACCAAGAGCUUAUUAUGCAGAUGGAUGACGAGGGGCUGCUAGACAGUUGUGCACUUAAGAGUAUGGGUUUAGAGGUGGAAAAACAAGAUGGCAAGUUAAUUCUGAGAUCUCUCGGGGAAAAAACCUCAUGA